AUGGAAGGUGAAUCAUACUUCAAUGCAACCAUGGUUAACAGCACCCUGGUAAAUCACCAGCCUUUGGAGCGCCAUGAACUAUGGGAAGUUAUUACUAUCGCAGCUGUGACUGCUGUGGUCAGCCUAGUCACCAUCGUGGGCAAUGUCUUGGUCAUUAUCUCCUUCAAAAUCAACAGUCAGCUCAAGACAGUUAACAAUUACUACCUGCUGAGCCUAGCCUGUGCAGAUCUCAUCAUUGGGGUCUUCUCCAUGAACCUCUAUACCACCUACAUCCUCAUGGGACGCUGGGCUCUUGGGAGUCUGGCUUGUGACCUUUGGCUUGCACUGGACUAUGUGGCCAGCAAUGCUUCUGUCAUGAACCUUCUGGUGAUCAGUUUUGACCGUUACUUUUCCAUCACAAGACCCCUGACGUAUCGGGCCAAGCGUACCCCAAAGCGGGCUGGCAUCAUGAUUGGCUUGGCCUGGCUGAUCUCCUUCAUCCUCUGGGCCCCAGCCAUUCUCUGCUGGCAGUACUUGGUUGGGAAGCGGACAGUACCACCAGAUGAGUGCCAGAUUCAGUUCCUCUCUGAGCCCACCAUCACUUUUGGCACGGCCAUUGCUGCCUUCUACAUCCCUGUUUCCGUCAUGACUAUCCUCUACUGCCGAAUCUACCGGGAAACAGAGAAGCGAACCAAGGACCUGGCUGACCUCCAGGGUUCUGACUCUGUGGCUGAAGCCGGGAAGAGAAAGCCAGCUCAUAGGGCUCUGCUCAGGUCCUGCCUUACCUGCCCUCAACCUACACUGGCACAGAGGGAAAGGAACCAGGCCUCCUGGUCAUCCUCUCGCAGGAGCACUUCCACCACUGGAAAGCCAUCCCAAGCCACUGACCCAACCACUGACUGGACCAAAGCUGAACAGCUCACUACCUGCAGCAGCUACCCCUCCUCAGAGGAUGAGGACAAGGCCACCACUGACCCUGUCUUCCAAGUGGUCUACAAGAGUCAGGAGAAGGAAAGCCCAAAGGAAGAAUUCAGUGCUGGAGAGACAAAGGAGACUUUUGUGAAAGCUCAAACUGAAAAAAAUGACUGUGACACCCCAAAAUACUUCCUGUCCCCAGCAGCUGCUAAUAAACUCAAGAGUCAAAAAUGCGUGGCCUAUAAGUUCCGAUUGGUGGUAAAAGCUGAUGGGACCCAAGAGGCCAACAACGGCUGUCGCAAGGUGAAAAUCAUGCCUUGCUCCUUCCCAAUGUCCAAGGACCCUUCAACGAAAGGCCUUGAUCCCAAUCUCAGCCAUCAAAUGACCAAACGAAAGAGAAUGGUCCUUGUCAAAGAGAGGAAAGCAGCCCAGACCUUGAGUGCCAUUCUCCUGGCCUUUAUCAUCACAUGGACUCCUUAUAACAUCAUGGUCCUGGUGUCCACCUUCUGUGACAAGUGUGUCCCUGUCACCCUGUGGCACUUGGGCUAUUGGUUGUGCUAUGUUAAUAGCACCGUCAACCCCAUCUGCUACGCCCUCUGCAACAGAACCUUCAGGAAGACCUUUAAGAUGCUGCUUCUCUGCCGAUGGAAAAAGAAAAAAAUGGAAGAGAAAUUGUACUGGCAGGGGAACAGCAAGCUACCCUGA